CGUUCACGCCUCCAAACUUUGGCAAACCAGUCGCGCAACCCUACACACACCAUUCUUAUCGGCAUCCAUACCGAUUUAGCUAUUUACAAUGCCAGGCGGCAAAGGAAAGACUGGAGGCAAGACAGGUGGAAAGGGUGACUCUCACGUCAAGACAUCCAAGUCGCACUCCGCCAAAGCCGGUCUCCAGUUCCCUUGCGGUCGUAUAAAGCGUCACCUUCGUACCAUCACGCGCCAGAAGACGCGCAUCGGCGCUAAGGCUUCGAUCUAUUUGACCGCUGUUCUGGAGUACCUCACCGCUGAGGUCCUGGAACUUGCGGGCAACGCGGCCAAGGAUCUCAAAGUCAAGCGUAUCACGCCGCGCCACCUUCAGCUUGCCAUCCGCGGCGACGAGGAACUCGACACACUCAUUCGCGCAACGAUCGCCUUCGGGGGUGUUCUUCCACACAUCAACCGUGCGCUGCUGCUGAAGGUAGAGCAGAAGAAGAAGGGUGGCAAGCCUGCGGAGGUCUAGGUGUCCAAACAUCCAUCCACGCGCAGCGACAUGUCUUCAGACAACGACUGAUCAGCUCGGCGCCAGCUACUGCAGCUUAUGGAGGACGGACUUUGACUGCGACUUCACAAUCAUUCUUUUCUGCUUUGUUCGACACGCCUUUCAUUUCGAGGAGACAAGCUGUGACUAAGGCGAAAGCAGCCUUGGAUUCCCACACUUGUUCAGAUACGAGGUGUUGAGAUAGGAAUCACGCGCCAGGCGUAUCUGCUUAGGUGUUUGGUUAGGCAGCUCGGUUUUUACGAUAUGUAGCAACACUCGAUUGUUUUUUCCCGAACCUCAGCAGCU